AUGGGAGGAAAAUACAGCCGAGAGGGAGGGAAGAGUCCUUUGGAUUACACAGGCUUCUCUGCACUCUGUUGCUGUCAGACGAAGAGUCACGAAGAGAUGCCCUUGGGUUUCUGUGACAGCCAAGCUCCGAGAAGUAAGCUGUACCUCGGGACCCAGGACCCUGCUUACUUAGACAUGGCCUACUUUCCUGACAACGACCUGCACAUGGCCGCCUGCGCAGGGGACUUGCCUUUUGUGCGGCUGUACUUCACUCUGGGUAAAUACGAAGCCAACCACAGAGACAAGGAGAACAGGAAUGCCAUGCACUUCGCCUGCUUCUAUGGACAUCUAGAACUGGUGAGGUAUCUCUGGAGGCGUGGCUGUGAGAUUAAUGUGUGUGACAAUCACAACAUCACACCCCUGAUGAAGGCUGUCCAAAGCUGGGAAGAGGAAAUCGUGUGUUUUCUGCUAGAGCAUCAUGCCAACCCGCACAUUAAAGACGGCAGGGGUAACACUGCCCUUCAUUAUGCCGUCUAUGCCGGGAACUCAGCAACCGCUGCCAGGCUGCUGCAGUACGGAGCAGAUAUUGAGGAAAGAACCCAAGAUAACCUCACACCAUUAUUGCUUGCUCUCAGGGAAAACAGACUGAAGAUGGCACAGUUUUUAGUAAAGAUGGAAGCAAGUGUACAUGCAGUUGACUCUCAGAGAAGAAAUUCUCUCAUGUAUGCUGUAAGAUGUGAUUCACCAGUUAUGGUCAACCUUCUUCUUCAACAAGGUGUGGACAUGAAUUUGAAAGAUUUGUUUGGAUGGACUGCUUUACGCUAUGCUAUUGAAGGUGAUCGUGAGGUGAGGACAAUCCUUUUGGAGUAUGAGCAUAACCCAAUACAAGGUUUAAGAGAGCGGAAUCAAGGAUAA